AUGGCUGCAGAGGUUGAGUACCGGUGCUUUGUUGGCGGCCUCGCUUGGGCCACCACUGACCAAGCCCUCCAAGAAGCUUUUAGCCAGUAUGGUGAAAUUAUCGAUUCGAAGAUUAUCAAUGACCGUGAAACUGGAAGAUCUCGUGGUUUUGGAUUUGUGACUUUCAACAAUGAGAAGUCAAUGAGAGACGCGAUUGAUGGAAUGAACGGACAGGACCUUGAUGGCCGUAACAUUACUGUGAAUGAAGCUCAAUCUCGUGGAAGCGGUGGUGGUGGUGGUGGUUUCAGCCGCGGCGGCGGCGGUUAUGGAGGAGGUGCACGCCGCGAAGGAGGCGGUGGAUACAGCCGUGGUGGAGGUGGCUAUGGUGGAGGCGGUGGCGGAUAUGGUGGUGGAGGCUAUGGCGGUGGACGUGAACGUGGGUAUGGUGAUGGUGGAUCUAGGUACUCUUCCAGAGGUGGAUCUGAGGGGGUAGCUGGAGAAGUUAGGUUGAUUUAG